UGUGUUGUGGAGUUCACGCCAUGUUUCGUUGAUGCCCCAUGGUUUAUGCUUCAGCGAUAUAAAUGAUAAACGUCUUCAAACGGGGUUGUCUUUGAAUUGAACUACAGUUUGGGGACCGCGGAAAGGAAGUUCUGUUUUUUUGUGUGUGAUCAUACCUACCUGCCAGUGCUUGCCUUGCCCGCAUUACAAUGGUUGCGUCCUGUAUUGACGUUUGCCUGGGUCCAUCAUCGCUGUGGUGCUGAAAAGAAACGAACCCGUGCGAGUGCAUGCUGCUGCGAACGAUGAGGAGGUUUCUGUGGACCUGCAGCGGUUGAAUUGCACCACCUCGCCCACUUCUUGAUUUUAUCCCUCAAAACCUGGACUCUACCGGCGCAGUUUAUGAAGACCCAGUGUGGACAGUAAUGACCUCACGCUCCCGGUUGCCAGCUGGCAGUAACGACAAUGUCCGAGCAUCAGAGCUGGCACAAGACAGGCAGCACACAGAGGUGGUCUGUAAUGUUCUUCUGCUGGAUAACACAGUUCAAGCCUUCAAAGUUAAUAAGCACGAUCAAGGACAGGUCCUGCUGGAUGUAGUGUUCAAGCACCUGGAGCUGACGGAGAGCGACUACUUCGGCCUACAGCUGGCCGACGACUCCUCAGACAGUCAGAGGUGGCUGGAUCCAACCAAACCGAUUAGAAAGCAAUUGAAAAGGGGGUCUUCACACCGUUUGAAUUUUAGGGUUAAAUUCUUUGUAACCGACCCCAAUAAACUCCAGGAGGAGUAUACAAGGUACCAGUACGUUUUGCAGAUUAAACAGGACAUACUUAGUGGAAGGCUGCCGUGUCCGUACAUCACAGCCGCUCUUCUCGCUUCAUACGCCGUUCAGUCUGAGCUAGGGGACUACAGUCAGAACGAGAACUUGCCCGGCUACCUCUCCGGAUACUCUUUCAUCCCCAACGCACCACAUGACUUUGAGAAAGAGAUUGCCAAACAGCAUCAGCAACACAAGGGACUGCCUCCUGCCCAGUCAGAGUUCAAUUAUCUAAACACAGCACGGACGCUAGAGCUCUAUGGAGUCGAAUUGCACUAUGCAAGGGAUCAAAGCAACACUGAGAUUUUAAUCGGAGUGAUGUCAACUGGGAUUGUCAUCUAUAAGAACAGGGUACGAAUCAACUGCUUUCCAUGGCUACAGAUUGUAAAGAUCUCGUUUAAAUGUCGACAGUUUUUUAUUCAACUCAGAAGAGAAUUGAAUGAGAGCCGUGAGGCGCUGUUAGCCUUUAACAUGGUGAACUACCGAGCCUGUAAGAACCUAUGGAAGGACUGUGUAGAGCACCACACCUUCUUCAGACUGGACCGACCCUUACCACCACAGAAGAACUUCUUUGCACAUGUCUUCCAACUGGGCUCCAAAUACCGCUACUGUGGUAGGACAGAGGUGCAGUCUGUCCAGUACGGCAAGGAGAAGGGCAUCAAGGACAGGGUGUUCGCCAGGUCUCCCAGUAAGCCCUUGGUGCGGCGGCUGAUGGAUGGAGGGAUGGACUGGGAGUCAGUCAGCCGGAACUCCAGAGCCUCUCUGUCUGACGACCGCCUGGAGACCCAGAGCCUGCCCACACGCUCCCCACCAGGCACCCCCAACCACAGGAACUCCGAGUUUUCACAAGAGCGCCUGCGGCCGUCCUCCGUGGGACACCUGCUGGACCAUGUGAACUACCACGACCAUGCCUCGCCCUGCCAAACCUUUACCAAUCACAAGUCAGCCUCCUCAACCCAGGCCAACUCCAUCAGCCUAGAUUCUACCCCGUCACCAGACUCGACCAUCGACGGCCUGCCGCCCGCUCUGCCCCCUAAGCAGACCAGGAGGCCUCUGUCCAGCCAGUCCCACUCUCAGCAGGAGUUGGACAACCACAUCAAUGAGCUAUAUGACACGCCUCUGUCAGAAGACAAGACUAUGCCCAAUGGAGUGCUUCCUCAUGACAAUCUGGUGUUCAUUAAAAUGUGCCCCGACGAACACGGACGAUUUGGAUUCAAUGUGAAGGGUGGACUGGACCAGAAGAUGCCUGUGAUCGUGUCCCGAGUGGCCCCGGGAACAGCGGCUGACCUGUGUGUUCCCCGGCUGAACGAGGGAGACCAGGUGGUGCUGAUCAACGGUCAGGACAUCUCAGAGCACACCCAUGACCAGGUGGUCAUGUUCAUCAAGGCCAGCUGUGGGGAGAGCGACUCAGGAGAGCUGAACCUGCUGGUCAGACCCAACGCCAUGUAUGACCUGGUGGAGGAGGAGAAGCUGGAGGAUGGAGAUACAGAGUCUAACUACCAGUACUCCCCAGAGAGGGCGCCCCAGGACCCGCCCCAGGACCAGCCAGACCACCACCCAUCCUGCUGGAGAGACUCCAUACUACAGCUGAAAGAAGGCUUGAGCACUGGGGCCGUACAGCAACAGUUUGAUCAACUCUACCGGAAAAGGCCUGGGUUGACAAUGUCAUGUGCCAAAUUACCUCAGAACAUUUCCAAAAAUCGAUAUCGAGACAUUUCACCGUAUGACGCCACCAGGGUUAUUCUGAGGGGCAAGGACGGGGACUAUAUCAAUGCAAAUUACAUCAAUAUGGUGAUUGCAGCGGCCAGUGCUGUAAACCGCUACAUCGCGUGCCAGGGCCCGCUGCCCGCCACCUGCUCUGACUUCUGGAGGAUGACUUGGGAACAGGGCUCCAACAUGGUGGUCAUGCUCACCACGCAGGUGGAGAGAGGACGGGUGAAGUGUCAUCAGUAUUGGCCCAACCCUGGUGCCAUUGCUACCCAUGGGGACUUCCAGGUGUCCUGUGUGACAGAAGAAGAGCAAUCAGCAUUCCUGGUCAGAGAGAUAACUCUCACACACCUGGAGAGUGAGGAGAGCAGGUCGCUGACUCAGAUCCAGUACAUGGCCUGGCCUGACCACGGUGUACCAGACGACUACACUGACUUCCUGGACUUUGUCAGUCUGGUCCGCAGAAAGAGGGAGGGCAAGGAGGAGCCGGUGAUAGUACACUGCAGCGCUGGGAUUGGUCGGACGGGGGUGCUCAUCACCAUGGAAACAGCCAUGUGUUUGAUUGAGUGCAAUCAGCCCGUGUAUCCGUUGGAUAUCGUGAGGACAAUGAGAGACCAGAGGGCCAUGAUGAUCCAGACUCCGAGCCAGUACAGGUUUGUCUGUGAGGCGAUCCUCAAGGUGUACGAGGAGGAGCAGGUCAAACCCCUAACAGCCACAGAGCCCCUGACACCUGUAGAGUCUCUGACGCCUACAAAGUCCCUGAUACCCGAAGAGUCUCUGACGCCCACAAAGUCCCUGACACCCGUAGAGUCUCUGACGCCUACAAAGCCCCUGAUACCCGUAGAGUCUCUGACGCCCACAAAGUCCCUGAUACCCGAAGAGUCUCUGACGCCCACAAAGCCCCUGAUACCUGUAGAGUCUCUGACGCCCACAAAGCCCCUGAUACCCGUAGAGUCUCUGACGCCUACAAAGCCCCUGACACCCACAAAGCCCCUGAUGACACCCGUAGAGUCUCUGACGCCUACAAAGACCCUGAUACCCAUAGAGUCUCUGACGCCUACAAAGUCCCUGAUACCCGAAGAGUCUCUGACGCCUACAAAGCCCCUGAUACCCAUAGAGUCUCUGACGCCUACAAAGCCCCUGAUUCCCGUAGAGUCUCUGACGCCUACAAAGCCCCUGAUACCCGAAGAGUCUCUGACGCCUACAAAGCCCCUGAUGACACCCGUAGAGUCUCUGAUGCCUACAAAGCCCCUGAUACCCGUAGAGUCUCUGACGCCCACAAAGCCCCUGACACCUGUAGAGUCUCUGACGCCUACAAAGCCCCUGACACCCACAAAGCCCCUGACACCCACAAAGCCCCUGAUGACACCCGUAGAGUCUCUGAUGCCUACAAAGCCCCUGAUACCCGUAGAGUCUCUGACGCCCACAAAGCCCCUGACACCUGUAGAGUCUCUGACGCCCACAAAGCCCCUGACACCCGUAGAGUCUCUGACACCCACAAUGCCCCUGAUACCCGUAGAGUCUCUGACGCCCACAAAGCCCCUGACACCCGUAGAGUCUCUGACACCCACAACGCCCCUGAUACCCGUAGAGUCUCUGACGCCCACAAAGCCCCUGACACCCGUAGAGUCUCUGGCGCCCACAAAGCCCCUGAUACCCAUAGAGUCUCUGAAGCCUACAAAGCCCCUGACACCCGUAGAAUCUCUGACGCCCACAAAGCCCCUGAUACCCAUAGAGUCUCUGAAGCCUACAAAGCCCCUGACACCCGUAGAAUCUCUGACGCCCGCAAAGCCCCUGAUACCCGUAGAGUCUCUGACGCCCGCAAAGCCCCUGACACCCGUAGAGUCUCUGACGCCCGCAAAGCCCCUGAUACCCGUAGAGUCUCUGACGCCCGCAAAGCCCCUGCCACCCGUAGAGUCUCUGAAGCCCACAAAGCCCCUAACACCUGUAGAGUCUCUGACACCCACAAAGCCCCUGAUACUCGUAGAGUCUCUGACACCCACAAAGCCCCUGAUACUCGUAGAGUCUCUGACGCCCACAAAGCCCCUGACACCCGUAGAGUCUCUGACGCCCACAAAGCCCCUGAUACCCGUAGAGUAUCUGAAGCCUGCAAAGGCACUGACACCCGUAGAGUCUCUGACGCCCAUAAAGCCCCUGACACCUGUAGAGUCUCUGACGCCCACAAAGCCCCUGACACCUGUAGAGUCUCUGACGCCCUCAAAGCCCCUGACACCUGUAGAGUCUUUGACGCCUACAAAGCCCUUGACACCCACAGAGCCAGAGGUAGAGACAGAGAGAAUCAGCUUUAUCCCUCCUGGGACUGACUGACUGACACAGGGCUGCAUGGGCCUAAGCACCACCCUCUUCUUCCACAGCCUGUCUAUCUGUCUGUCUAGAGCCUGUCUGUCUGUCUAGAGCCUGUCUGUCUGACUCCCUCAGUCACAAUAGUUUCUUCCCACAUCCGCCAUCUUGAGUCUGGCAAGAGAGACUACAGUCACAAGCACGGAGACGACUACCGACAACCACUCGAACUGCCUGGGAGGGGAAACAAAGCACUGUUGCACUUUAUGAUGACAAAACGCCAUACUUUGGAGAAUUAACGGAAGAAGAAAAAAAUAAACAAAGUUACGAUGAUCAACUGUAAUUUGGGAUAUUAGCAAGUGUCCAGGAUCAAGAGCGAAGUGAGAAACAGAACAGUAGCUGGGUUGGAUUAUAUUGCUGCAUUGCCAUUACUUUCAGACAAACCUUCAUAAUGAACACGACAACUCAAUGGAAAGUGGACUGACGUUUGUUUUCAACCCAUCAGUGCAUCAUCCCCAAGUGUCAUAUCCGUGGUUUCUUCAGACUAGUCUUUCUAUCUUUGAUUACUCCGUAGACUUAAAGAGUUUUUGAACUCGAAAAACUAUUCAUCGUCAACUGAAGAUCCGUUCCGAAAGUGGGUUGACCCUCUAUGUAAGGUCCUGGUAAAGCGCUCUGACUUCUACCCUGUGGCACUACUCAUCUUAUCAUCUCAUUUCUCGUAUUGAGACUGUAGGUUGUCGGAUGGAUACUUUUGGGCUUUUAUGUGUGUCUACAGAUUGGAAUCAUCUCCAGGGAAGGUGUUUCCCAAACCAAGGUCAAAGGCGGGGGAAGGUUAGGAGCGGUGGAGGCUGCAGAGGGGAGGGCGGCUCAUAAUCAUGGCUGGAGUGCAGUCGUUGGCAUGGCAUCGGCCACAUGGAAAACCACGUGUUUGAUACCAUCCCAUUGACUCUAUUCCAGCCAUUGUUAUGAGCCGUCCUCCACUCAGCAGCCUCCACUGGUUAGGAGAGGCCUCCCUCCUCCUUUACCAUAAUCUCAUUAGCUGAUUACCUGCCAUUGAGCUCGGCACUAUGUGGUGGUGUUGGUGUUGUUGUUGUUGUUGUUGUUAUUUUUGAGGCAGCUAUUCAACUUUGAUUCAGAUGGCUCAACAUGUGACGGUGCAUCGGUCUCUCGAAGAUGCUAUACCACUAGCCCAAAACGGGCAGUAUUUUAAUGCAGGUUUUGUUAUUGCUAGUAACAUAGAAUGACCUUGCCAUGCAGGAUUGGGUUGGUACAGUCCAUAGGUGUCAUUGCAUCAGAUUUUGAAAUUGAAUAUGAGGUAUUCAGAGCUCUCUGAUUAAGAGCAUCGGGGUAUUUGGUACCAUGGUACUGUACAUCAGGAUUUUAGGCAGUUGGAGGACAUUACAUUCAGAUGGUACAUACAUUACAUAAAAUGACUGAGCUUUCAGGACCAAUAGGUUUUUAGACUUGUGAGUAAAACAAAAAGUUUUCAAAUUGUGUUGAAAAGCUAUAAGGCUCAAGCUAUAGAUUUGCUUCUGAUAUUUUUUUAUAAGAGACCCCUUUUGCUUCUUGGGGAUGGUCAGCAUUUUUCAGCUGAAAUUGUAGCAUAUUUGCUGCCUUGUAUGAUUAGACCCCCCCAAAAAAUGUUGGAAUUGUAUUUAGCAUUUUCUUAAUAUUGGUUGGAUAUAGACAUUUAAGCUAUAUGGUGUCAUCUAGAUUUGUGUAAUGUAACUAGUAUACAUUGACUAUGUUAAUUUAUAAGGUUUAAUGAAAUGAAAUUAACGUGAGACCAAGUUAUUUUUAUAAGAGAAGCAAAGUCCCAAACUUUUCCACUUGUGUAAAGUCCUGCUGGAAUUAGAAAGGAUUGUUAUGGGAAAGCAUUGCAAUAGAUGUAUGCUGUGUAAAAGUUCUCUCCUUAAGUCCAGUGACAGUGGAAAGAAUGGGACCGGCAACAUGAAGCUCUGUACACUGACUAAUAGACUAAUCACCAUUAAUACUGUUCUUUUUUUAUGACAAUUGAAACCCACAAAGUGAUUUUAUUCCCUUUAUUUCCGGUUGAAUCGAUAGAUGCGAUUGUGCUUUUGAAAUCAAAAAGCUGUCUUGGUCAAACUUCAUCUUGCUGAUACUUCUGCAGUGGGUUUAUUUAUGCGGUACUAUUGCUGACCAUGUUUACAGUGGUCCGUGAGUUGGUUUUGUGGUUUGGAAAGGACGUGUAUCUACUGAAAGUCGGCGUGUUUACAAAAAGCUGUUGUGCGACGGGGAACUUCGGCCCAAUCAGAUCACUCACCCUCUGCGUCCCAAAUGGCACCCUAUUCCCUAUACAAGUGCACCACUUUUGACCGGGCUCUAGCCAAAAGUAGUGCACUGAAUAGGGAGCCAUUUGAGACUCAGACGGUGUCUAACACUUCACCAUGAAAUAGACUGAGGCACUGGAAUGUUUAUUUUACAAGGUUGUCCCCGUUAAGGUCAAACGCCUCUUUUUCAAGGGAGAUCUGGGUGGUAUGUUUUUUUUUGUUUUUGCACGAUGUUUUUCGAUCUUAUCAUCACUUAGUAAUAGUACAACAUUCUGCACAACUGUGAUGUAAAUAUAAGCUUAAAUCUGUGAACUAGUGAAAUAUAUUUAAAGAUGAAAAUCAGGAGGAUGUACAAAUGUAAUGUUUGUUGUGAAGCUGUACAGAUAUUGAAUGUAUCGAUCUCAAGCUUUUAGUUGUUCGAAAAUGUACGGGGAUGUAUAAUUUGACUUUUGAGGGGAAAUAUUUUUCAUACUACUGUACUUGUAAAUGCAGGUAAAUAUCAGUCUGGGCUCUGCCUGGUCUGCGACCUGCUCUGUGUUUUUGUUGUAAAUAGGAGCAAUAUCAUGUCAGUAAGGUGCCAAUGUUCUGUAAGUAAAGUCAAAUUUCUGUUGUA